AUGUCUCCACCACGCUUCGAAUCGGCGCCGGCCGACCCCUCACCCCUCGGCACGCCGCUCAAGUUCCCAGUAUCGGGGCGUUCGGCGCCCAACCGGUUCCUCAACGCGGCCAUGUCGGAGGGCCUGGCGACGUUUGACGAAGCAGACCCCUCGAAGCGCGGCAUCCCGACGGCGGAGCUGGUGCAGCUGUACCGACGCUGGGGCGCGGGCGAGUGGGGCCAGCUCCAGACGGGCAACGUCAUGAUCGACCCGGAGCACCUCGAGGCGCCAGGCAACAUGGUGGUGCCGCGGGACGCCGAGCCGUCGGGAGAGCGGUUCGACAUGUUCGCCAAGCUCGCCGCGGCCGCAAAGGAGCACGGCAGCCUGAUCGUGGCGCAGGUCGGGCACCCGGGCCGGCAGGCGCGCGGCAACGUGCAGCAGCACCCCAUCAGCGCCAGCGACGUGCAGCUCAAGCAGGAGAUGUUUGGGUCCAGGUUUGGCGUGCCCAGGCCGGCGACCAAGGAGGACAUCGAGGCGGUGAUCGAGGGCUUUGGCCACGCGGCCGAGUACCUCGAGAAGGCGGGCUUCGACGGCGUCGAGCUGCACGCCGCCCACGGCUACCUGCUCGCGCAGUUCCUGUCCGAGACGACCAACCGGCGCACCGACGAGUACGGCGGCAGCCUCGAGAACCGGAUGCGGCUGAUCCUCGAGGUCACGGCAGAGGUGCGCAGGCGGACGAGCAAGGACUUCAUCCUGGGCAUCAAGAUCAACAGCGUCGAGUUCCAGGAGAAGGGCUUCAGGCCCGAGGAGGCCGUGCAGCUGUGCGAGGCCCUCGAGGCGGCCGGCAUGGACUUUGUCGAGACGAGCGGCGGCACGUACGAGAGUCUGGGCUUCGCGCACCGCAAAGAAUCCAGCCGCAAGCGGGAGAACUACUUUAUCGAGUUCGCAGAGGUCAUCCGCAAGGCCGUCAAGAACAUGGCCGUCUACACUACGGGCGGGUUCAAGACCGUGGCCGCCAUGGUCGAUGCCCUGCAGGGCGUUGAUGGAAUAGGCAUCGGGCGCCCGGCCUGUCAGGAGCCAGACCUAGCCAAGGACAUCAUCUCGGGCAAGGUGCCUAGCAUCAUCAAGUACUCGAUGGGCGAGGACGAGUUUCCACUGCAGUUGGCUGUGGCUGCAAUCCAGAUAAGGCGAAUGGCCAAUGGCCAGGAGCCGUUUGACGCUUCGAACCCCGAGGAAGUGGCGCGGAUGACCCAAUUGGCGGCGAAGGCUAAGGUAUAG